UCCGACAUUCCGUGUAGUGUGCAUUUUGCUGUUAAAGGUUAAUACGCGUAAUAACUUGCUUUUAUUAUGUAACGCUUUUGUUUACGUUGUGAAGACGUUCAGUUAUCUACAGUUGUAUUUAACUUUUAUUAAUUACUUGUAAUUGUGACUCCUAUGUAAUGGAUGCAAACGAUGUAAAUCGAGAGAUAUUCUACCGGCGAGUAAAUGAAUUAUUAUUAAACAAGCCAGCGCCGAAUACGUUCCUAAUGACUGCCGCAAAAUAUACGCGGCUCAUUCAACAAGUUAAAGAGGCGAAAACAAAAAUUAAGAAACAUCCAGCUGAUUAUCGGCGUUUAAAACGAUAUAAUCUUAUAACAACUUCACAAGGGGAUAGACUGGUCAUGGCUCAUAGUGAUGGAAAAAAGGAACCACAAAUGUUUGUAAAAUUAGAAGAAAUAUAUGACAUCAUACGUGAAUAUCACUUAAAAAUGAACCAUGCGGGUAGAACACGUUUGAUGUACGCUAUAAAACCAAAGUACAAAAAUAUCACGACUGCAAUAGUCAUGCUUUACCUGUCACUUUGUGAAGGUUGUAAGAAUAAAGUAAUAAAGCGAAGUAAAUCUGUUAAGAGUAUGAGCGAAAGUGAAGAUAAAUUAGAUAUAAGUGACGGGAACAUUGAAGUGGAAUCAAAGAUCGAGAUAGGAUCAGAUCCUUUAGAAUCAGUUAUCAAUGAUGAAGCAUCAGAUACCGACGUGCAAGAGAGUAUUGAAGAAGAUAAUAAAGUGUAUCCGGAACUAUAUUCACGAGGACAAGUGGACAUAAUAGAUGUUACAACGGUAGCUAGCGAAACUUACAAAUGCUUAAUCGUGUAUAGGAAUCUUGUUACGAAAUUUGUUCAUCUGAAACCCUUAAAGACUAUAAGCAUAGAUGAAAGCGUCGAUGCUCUCUUGGAAAUAUUUCUAGUAUUUGGUGCACCGAAUAUAUUACAAUCGAAGAAUGGUAUUUAUGUCACAAAACAAAUAUGUCGACGGAUGUAUACGGUAUAUCCAGAUAUUAAAAUCGUGUGUGCUGAAGCUAGUCGAAAUAAAAAUGACUUUUUAGGACAAUCCAAUGAAGAUAUAUUAAGAAUGCUACAUGAUUGGUAUAAACGAAAUUCGUCUUUAAAGUGGUAUCAAGGCGUUAAGUACGUUCAAUAUCUUUUAAACAACACCUUCAAUGUCCAUAUUCGUCGAACUCCAAGCGAAUCAGUUUUCGGUUACAACCCGAAGAGGGGCUUAGCGACGUUUAUGACGAAAAACGAGUAUGAUCAUCUCGUCUCUGAGAGUGAUUUACAAACCGCUUUAGAAGAAAAGGAAUCCGGAAAAAAUUCAGAACAAUUGCUGCUGGAAGAGUCCAUUAUACCUUCUUGCAGCUUUAUCAAAAUGGAGCCAGGGAUUAAUGAUAUUGAGGACGUAGACGAUGAAGACAAUGACAUGCAAGAAUGUAAAUUAAAAAUUUAACAUAUCUUUUUAUUUAAAAUUUUAUUUAAAAGUUAAUUGCUUACAGAAAAUUUGGAUGUUAAAAUUUUCCAAUCCACGCAUCGCUGAUGAUAAAAUAAAAGAGUAAUCAGUA